AUGAAAUUACCGUUAAAAACUCCCAAUUUCGUAACACGAAUACAUAGAACUUUCUUUUUCAUUGGAAGUUUAUUUUCGUACGAAAUAAGUGUAAAGUAUUAUUUCAUUUUCCUUUUAUUCUUCUUUGGUAAACUAAAUUUAUGUUUGCAAAAGUUGAUGUUCGUCGACAUACUCGGCCGAAUACAACAGUGGACCAAUAUAGUUCAGGCCAAGUUGGAUCUUUGCAAAGCGGUUAUUGAAGCUUUACGCAAAGAGCUAAUGGCACGAGCUUGUGAAAUUGCCAAUCUUAGGAAAUUGUUGGCAGAAUGUGAGGAACGUGAAAAACAAGCUGUAUCUACUCAAACAAAUACUACUACAUCACACCAAGAAGAGCAAUACAAAACGGCUGUAGAAACUAUCGUUGACAUAGAACCUGAUGAACCAAUAGAAGAUAAAACAGAUAAUGAUGAAGAAAAAGUGGACAAGAAAGAAAGUCCACAAGGAAGAGAUACCUUAGAAAUUGUUUGUACAGAUGCAGCUAUUCAGUCGAUCCUAAAAGAUAAAGAUAGAAUGAGACGUGAAAUGGAGCUGGAAGCUGAAAUAUCGAGGCUUCGCAAAGAGAACGAGCGUAUUAUAAAAGAACGUGCAGAAUAUGAAAACGCGAUACAGCGGGCAUUAUUGAGAGGUGUUUCAUCUUUGAACGUCGAGGCAUUGAGAGUUUUACGUUGUCCACCGAUUCCAUGUUGCAGUCCUUGUGCGCCUUGUCCUACUGCUACUAUGAAAUCGACCAUGGGCAAGAAAGGUUGCGUCACGCAAAAACGUAUUGAAAAUGGAAAAGGUUGUAUUCGUGAAGCUGAUUCUUACACCAUAAAGCGACCUUGCGGCAGUCCUUGUUGUUCUGGAGGAAAAAACCAGAAGUCGGUAUCUAACAAUAGUAUGAUCUUCCUUCUUCAUCAAAAUGACGCAGAAAACAUUUGUGGCUCGAAGACUAUCAAAAUGCCGCAAGUUUGUGGCUCACCAUUAAUGAAGAAGAUUGAAAUACCGCCGUGUCCUAGAUACACUAAAUAACUAUUAUAUUUUGUUA